AUGGGUGCGAGGGCCUCCAGGGGCCUCCGAGUGAGUCUCACUAGGCGGGGAGGCAAACGCGCGAAGAGUAAAUACAGGCAGUCACAGACCUAUAUACGAGGUAUCAUCAAUGGGGCAGUUCAGCCUUACUAUUUGAGUAUGGAUCCCUCUAUUGGCACUGAGCAGUAUCCGGACGUCAUAGUUGAACGGGUACACCGAGUGGAAGCAGGUUUUGCCCAUCCCUUGGGCAUUCACACUCUGCGCUCUCAAGCCGCUCUCGAUGCCCAGCGCCUUGCCACUGCCACUGAACCCAAUGUGGCUUGGUUACGCACCUAUUCUACCUACUACAAACACAUAGUCACCUAUGCUGGAGGGGUAGAAUUCUCAUGCCGUUACGUCAACUGUGACGGACGCCGCCUCUUGUGCAGCGUACAGUUUAAUGUGUUGCGUGCAUGCCGACUGGUGCAGCUGGAAAUAAUCGCAGGAAAUGGGCAGCGGUCAUACUACGAAGAUGAAGUCCCCAUUCCCAAUGUAGCACCAAUUGAAUUCCCCGAGUACGCAUAG